AUGGUAUCUUAUUUAUUCAUUUGUUUUUCCUUUAUUCAUUCAGACAUAGAAUUAAACUUUAUAGAUGAUAUUUAUGAAAUUGAAACCUUUCAAAAAAAACAAGAAAAAUUAGAUAUUGUUCUUAUAAAAGUAUUAACCAUUCUUGGAGUAGUUAUUUUAAUAUUUAAAGUAAUAGACAUAAUCGUUAUAUUAUUUCCACUUCCAAUUUCAAAUUAUGCAAGAAUAAUACAUAAUUGUGUUUCAAUUAUUUUUAUAAUUCCUUCAUUUUAUCUUUGGCCUCAUAAAGAAAGAUAUUACUUUGAACAAUACUGUAAACCAAAAUAUUUAUUAGUCCCACUUAUCUUAAUGUUUGGUCUUUGUUUUUUAUAUGUUUCAAUGUUAACAUCAAUUUAUUUGUAUGGAAUAAAUGUCAUUUAUGAAAUCAUCAUAGCAUAUUGUAUGUAUGACAUUAAUGACUCUUACAAAUAUGUAAAACAGUUUCUUGACAACUCAGUUUAUCAAAAUUAG